UGCGGCGAGAGCAGCAGGGAAGGAGGCGUGUGGCGCCCGCCCCCGCCCGCGGUGCCCAGAGCCGGAGGUGCAGCGAGGCGCUCCCCCAGCCCCAUUCCCGGCGCCCAGUCCAGCACCGACCCCGCGAGGCGGCCCUUCCUGCGCAGCGGUGGCAGCGGCGGGCGGGAUGACGGCGGAGGAGAUGAAAGCGGACGGGGCUCCCCUGGAAGGGACAGACAUCACCCCCAAGCAGGAUGAGGGCGUCCUCAAGGUUGUUAAGAGAGAAGGCAGUGGGACAGAGUCUCCAAUGAUAGGUGAUAAAGUGACUGUCCAUUACACAGGAUGGCUUCUUGAUGGCACAAAAUUUGACUCCAGUCUGGACAGGAGAGACAAGUUUUCGUUUGACUUAGGGAAAGGUGAGGUGAUCAAAGCAUGGGACAUUGCUGUGGCGACUAUGAAGAUUGGUGAAAUCUGUCGGAUUACGUGUAAACCAGAAUAUGCCUAUGGCUCAGCUGGGAGCCCCCCAAAGAUACCUCCCAAUGCUACACUGAUUUUUGAGAUAGAACUUUUUGAGUUCAAGGGGGAGGACCUCACUGAUGAAGAAGAUGGUGGCAUCAUCCGGAGGAUCCGUAAAAAAGGGGAGGGCUACUCCAAGCCCAAUGAGGAUGCACUCGUAGAGAUCCAGUUUGAAGGCCGAUACGGAGAUCGUGUUUUUGACAAGCGGGAAUUGCGGUUUGAGAUUGGGGAAGGUGAAAACUUUGAUCUUCCUCAUGGUCUGGAGAAAGCAAUUCAAAAAAUGGAGAAAUCGGAGGAAUCCGUGUUCUAUCUUAAACCCAGCUACGGUUUUGGAAGCACUGGGAAUGAGAAAUUUCAGAUCCCUCCAGAUGCAGAGCUGCAGUAUGAAGUGAAACUCAAAAGCUUUGAAAAGGCUAAGGAGUCUUGGGAAAUGAACACGGAUGAGAAGUUGGAACAAAGCUCCAUUGUGAAGGAGAGAGGCACUCAGUACUUCAAGGAGGGAAAAUACAAGCGGGCAGCAUUACAGUAUAAGAAGAUUGUGUCGUGGCUGGAGCAUGAAUCAGGACUCUCCGAUGAGGAGGAAUCAAAAGCCAAAAGCUUGAGGCUUGCUGCCCACCUUAAUCUAGCUAUGUGCCAUCUCAAGCUAAAGGAAUACUCACAGGCUUUGGAAAACUGCAACAAGGCACUGGAAUUGGAUAGCAACAAUGAAAAAGGCCUCUUCCGGCGUGGAGAAGCGCAUUUGGCUGUCAAUGACUUUGAGUUGGCCCGAGGAGAUUUCCAGAAAGUGAUACAACUUUAUCCAAGUAACAAAGCUGCCAAAGUGCAACUGGUAACUUGUCAGCAAAAAAUACGGGAGCAGCAUGAGAAGGAGAAAAAGAUGUACGCCAACAUGUUCCAAAGGCUUGCAGACAAAGACUUAAAGUCAGCUGCUACUCUUCAGACCAGCCACACUGAAGAUGCAGAAAUGAAAGAUGAGCAGAAUGGAGUUGAAGAUAAAUCAGAAGCAGAAGCAUAAAAACAAACCCUAUUCCAUUAGUUUUGUAAAUGAAAGAAUUUCCAGUGAAUUA